AUGUUCAUUGCUGGUGGUGGUACUUUAGAUGUUGAUACUAAUGUGCGUGAUGCAUUGUCUUUAUUGUAUGAAAAAUCAAAUUCGAAAGAAAUUAUCAAUACAAUAACUAAUAUGGAAGACAAUGAAGAAAUUUUUUUUAAAGAAGAAGCUAUUUAUUUAUGCAAACAAUUAACUAAUCAAAUCACGAUUCUGAAAGCAGCUACAUAUGUGUUACCUGAUCCAGAAGAAGACGCUUAUUCAAGUGUUGGUUAUGGACAAGGUCAAGGUUAUGUGGUUUUGUCAUCAAGUGUUGCGGCUGUGGUACCAGCAAUUAAUAAUGAUGUUUUAGAUAAUGGAUUGGUUGAAUUCAGCGUAUCAUCAACGGAUGAGGUCGAUGGCGCCGGUGAAGAUGAUGUUAUGGAUUAUCAUGAUGAGGAUGACGUUACCGAUUAUGAUGAUGAGGAUGAUGAGGGGUAUGGUACCGGUUAUUAUGAUGAUGAUAAUCAUGAUUAUGACUAUGAUAAUGAUAAUCAAAUAGCUGAUCCAAAUUAUCAGCCUGAUUCUCAUGACUACAACGAGGAUUCUCGUGACGACGAUGAUGAUCAAGAUCGUUUUUCAUCGGCUUCUUCUUCUACUAUUGUAUUGGGAGAAUCAUCAGAGGGCAGUAGUCAAUCAAGUUCAUCUUCUUCAUCCGUCUAUUUUAUUCCAGGAGUUCUUCGAUAUCAUCGAUCAAAUUCUAGUAGAUCAGGUAGCGUUUUAUCACAACCCUCUACUUUUAAUUCGACACUUUCAUCAACUUCUGAUGUAUCCAUAUUACCGUCGGUAAGUGAUGACACAUCUGAUAGUCAAUCAUCAUCAGAAUUCGAUGAAUAA